AUGCCGACUUCAUCGGACGACGUGAUGAACUUGGAGAACGGUCGAAAUUCAAGACACGUGAAUAUUGAACUGGUGGUGCAGGAUUCGGGUGGUAGGCCAUCUGCGUAUCCAGAGAAGAGCUUGUUCUUCCGUGAUGGAGAAAGAAAAAUUGAUUUUGUUUUGGUUUACGAAAGCAGCGGCGAUGAAAAAGAUGAUGAGAAAGCCGGCAUACGCGAGAUUUAUCAGGAUAACUUGAUUAAAAAACAUGGUCUAGAAGUGGAAGAAGAAAUAUCAAGUCAGGUACUGUGGUUUUAUUUUCAGAUCAGUGGCAGCUAACGAUUGUACACGUAAAUAAGGUUAGCAAUUUUGACAUGGAAGGGUUUUGUACUGUACUGUAUUGUACUGCACUAGUAGAUGGUACAUAAUUCGUCAAUGUGGUUAUCCCCAGCAUUUCAUAGAUAAUGCUUGAAAACACCACAAAGUAUACAGCAGAAGAUUGAAUAUCAGUCCUCUGUUUGUUUACCAUACAUUGGUCCGGCUUCACAUAAAAUCGAGAGGAUUUUGAAGAAUGAAGCUGGUAUAAAGGUAUACCAUUCCAGCUAAAACAAAUUGUUUCGAGCUAUUUGCACACAUAAGGACAGCGUGAAUGAAUCUCCUUGUGAAUUGUGGUCCUUGUGAAUGUGGUCUGGUUUACAUUGGUGAAACUGGUCGAAAUCUCUCAGUACGUCUUAAGGAACAUAAGAGGAAUUGCGAGAAAGCUGAGCAAGACAAAAAUGACGACAUAGCACGCAUGUUGUCAUUUUUGAGGGAAGUGUGAACGCAUGAGCAGGCGUCUUGUUACAAUUACAAUGACAUGCAAUAUAACAGUGAGUAAUUCCGCCUAUACGUGAAAUACUCUUGUGAAACGAGUAUUCUUAUAAAAAUAAAACUAUGUCUAUGAUCUGUUCUUUUUUAAUAAAAAUCUAUAUUGUUCUGGUAAAUGUUGCGCAUUGUUGUCAGAACUGAAUGUGGUUGCCGGCCAGGAAUCCAGUGUUGCUCGGUGUUGAUAGGUUGCCUUGUCUAGGAUUCUGAUUUACGAUCAGAGAACGUUUCAGAAGCUUUAUUAUGAAACCUGGUGCGCAUUUAGCAUUUUUAAAAAGAAUUACGUUAAUAAAAUGACGUAAUUUGUCAUUUUGUGGUCUACCAACUGCUAGAGUAGGGUCGGUGGGCACCACAGGUGGUCCCACAGACUAAUAAACUACGCACAUAUUCAUAAUUAUUAUAAAGUAGGAAUAAAUCUUAACUAAGCUACGACAUUGUUAUGUACUGGUUUAAUUAAGCAAUGGCACAGAGGUGAAAAUAUGCCAUUCUGACUAACAUUUUUUAUCGGACUCGUACUUGCUCCACUUGGCAUAAAACACAUGUCAUUCAAUAGCUAAAAGCCUGAUCUUUCCGAAUAUGAAAAAAAUUUGUUCAUACGCCGAGUAAUGCACGUACAAUAGCGCGCUAAAGUCCUAUUACCUUUUUUUAUUCACCCUGUAAAUAAAAAUGAUAUUAACGGUUCCUAUUGAAUAGAUGGUAUAAGUCGGCCUGAUCAAAUUUAAAUAUCAGUAAUAUAUAGAUCAGCGCGUGCACUGCAAGCCCGAUAAAGAUGCACGCCCGCAACUAAGGACGAGUACGCAAAGGAAAAGGGGAAGACGAAAAAUUACAACUCCUCCCCUUCUUAUUUUCCCGCGCGCCCCGUUAAUUAUUUUUUGGCCAUUAAUUAUUCUAAUUCGUUUUCCUUUCGGGUUUUUUCGUUUCCCUCAUUAAGUAUUUUCGUUUUCCCUAAUUUGAUAGCAAGCGCCUGGGGACGAGGCAGGGUAUAAGUAAGGUUUAUGCAAAGGUGGAGCAACUUGACAAGAGGAAAAGUGGGCGUAUUUCGUUUCUUGAUGUGUUGUCGCCGCUCCCUCCUUUCUCCCGAGCAGGGCGAAGGGAGAGAGUGCGUAGAAACGGCAAUACAUCUCUUGGGACCAUCCGUCAUGCAGGCAUUGCAGGGGUUACAUCCGUGCAGGGGGGACCAUCCGUGAUGCAGGUAUUGCAGGGGUUACAUCCGUGCAGGGGGGACCAUCCGUGAUGCAGGCAUUGCAGGGGUUACAGCCAAUUGCAGUUGAACUUGCAUUUUAAACGCGUUGUUACAUCGUUGAAAAGUAUGUGUUCAAUCCUUGGAAACACGUCGUUGCUGGGGGCGUAACGUGAACUUUUCGCGGGCGUUGUUGAACUUCUGAACGGCGUACAAACAAACAUAUAACGAGUUCAAUGUUGUUUUCAAUCAGAUAAGUAGAGAAAUGCGAAAGACAGUAUUAUGGGAAAGCGAGACAAUUAUGAGAAAAAUAUUAUCUGGACUGUUAACAUGAGUUGUCUUCUGAUAAUAGCUCAGGACAAACAUUGACAGCUGAUGCUCUUUCCUUAGGGAAGGGCACUGGCCAACGUUACAAUAUGCUUUUGGAUUAAUAUAAUUAGGGUUUUAUGAAUUGUAGUGUUUACUAGAGGCAUCAUUGUAUUGUUGGUUAAUUCGAAAAUAAUAAUAAUAAGAAGAAGAAUAACCGCUAUCCAGUACAAAUAAAGUUAGUUUAGACUUCCUCCUGAUAGGAACACUAGAGAGUUUAAGUUCGACUUCCAAUACCGAUACCGAUGUUUUCACUUCCGUUCUCAUUUUGGUACCGGGAAUUUUAAAGCGUUAAGUUAUCCCGACAGAUGAAGUAUAUAGAACACAUCAAAGUAGUAAUAUAGAGGCCGUUCGGGCCGGAUUUUUGAGGAGGAGUGAGGCGGAGUGAGGCGGAGUGAGGAGGAGUGAGGAAGAGUAAUGACGUCACUCGUCAUUAACAUACGUCAUAAUUAUAUGCAACGACGUCACGCGGGCGAGCUUAAACACGAUCGGUUGAAACUUGCUGACUACGCAUUUUUUAGCGUCCUUCCACGUGUGCGACACAAUAGUUAGGGCUAUAUACAAGAGAAUAUGUUGUUGUCUGGAGUUUUAUAAGUACAGCUCUAGCAUUUUGCUGUUAUUGUCAAGUGAUUCCUUUAAUUUAGCUCCUAGAGGAGUAAAAAAUCUGAUACUAUAUGAAAUAGCAUUAGUGUUAUAUAUCCAAAACUUAUAUAUUCGGGGUAUACAGCUAUAUGUUUUGUUGUUAAGUAAUAUUUAUAUAUUAUGAAGCGUCAAAACGCUGAGAAAUAGCAUGUGGUAAGAGUUAUUAUGUAUCUACAAUUAAACUAAUAUUUAAAUCCCGGUCUGCCAUAUGAGGUCUAUAUACGAGAGAAUAUGUUGCUGUCUAGAGUUAUAUAAACACAUGAUAUAUAAUUGUCAAGCGAUUUCUAUAUUUUAGUGCUAGGUUUUUAAAGUACUAAAGUAAUAAAUUUAAUAAUAACAAGAUAAGACAACUAAAGAGGGAUCCAGUACACAAAAAGGUUAUGGAAACCGGGGAUGUCCUUGUUAACGAUGAUAACUUCGACCACAUGCAGGGAAGCGCUAGAGGUCACUAUUUACAAGAGAACAUUUCUUUUGAAAAGCCUUUUCAGAAACACACGGUAUCGUAGUGAUAUUGACUCUUAAUGGCUGUUUGUGCUUGGUCCCGCGCGACCCUCCCGCGUGACCCGCCAGCCUGAUUAGUGUACAAAUAUUUUGUACGUUAAUAUAUACAUGCACCCGCAAAGCCACGCGCCUGAUUUUAAGGCAUACACCUACGUUAUAAAUAAUCCCUAUCUAUCCAUUGGGAUACACUCAGUUAUGUAAAUUCGUACUGCCUUAAUCCCCUUAAUUACCUACACGCCUCCUAAUGACUAGCAACCCAUAACAACGCAACAUUUGUAAAGUUUAAAACAUGCUUAUUGAUACAAAUAACAGACGAUAGUGUCAAAAAUAUUACAACUAAAACUAUUUGUUAAACUGUUCUAUAAGUUUUUUUCUCCAUGAGUUCUUGAUAAGCUUUAUUAUGAUCUGCCUCAAAACAUCUAAAUCGUUCACCCGUCACCUUCACAGAAUACAUGUAACUCGCUUUGCUUAUCAAUAUCAAUUUCAUUCCGUUUCAACUCAUCAAAAAUUAUAUCUAUAUAAUAUUAUAUAUAUUAUAUCCAUGAUACCCUCACCACAACAAUUGAACAGCGAAUGAGACACACAGUAUUUAUUUCAGUAAAUAUAUGCAAAUUUACAUUACUAGCUAGCAACGUAUUAUUAUUACAAGAGGUCUAUUUUAUCAAGUUCACUUGUUAAACCAAAUCUACGAAAUUCAUCAUAGGCCUCCUUAGUGUUAGAUUUAGAACUGUUAAAUGUCUCUCCUGUUUCUUCAAUCAUGUACUGGUAUUGUAGUGGAUUACUGAAGAGCACGAUGCCAGUGUUGGUCACCCGAGGGCCUUGUUGCUUCCAUUCGACUCAGACAUUUUUUUUCUUUUCUUCCCAUUCUCGACUUCGCUCGCAGCCAAUCUGUAAUAGUUGUCCAAGCUAACACCUGUUUUCUUCUCGAAUUUUUCCUUCCUUUUUGUCAUAUCUGCAAAUAUCUCACCCACAAGCAUCUGCUUACAGUUCGACAAAUAUGUAAAGGUAGGGCCUUGCACUCGUUUAGGAACACCAACACUCAGAAUCAAUUGUGAUUGCAUUUGACGCAACAAUAUAUCAUACAGGGCAUCGUCCCCACGAAUAAAUUUCGGUACCAAACCCUUUUCAAUCAAAAUGUUUUCCAAAUCUGUAAUUUGCCAUUUCGCCUUUUCAAUAGGUAAACCAACUCCACUCUCACACUCUGUACUCAAUUCAAACGAUUUACCACUCAUCCACGAAGAAACAACCUCUUCCCACUUUGCUUGCUCCAUCUCGACUGAAAAAGAGCGCGAAAAUUUGUUUCCCCUCAAAAAACUUUAUCUUCCAACAACCAAUAAACGUUAAUUCUACCAACAAGAUAAAUUUCAGCAGCUUGCCAAAAGACCUCCAGUAAGAGCGUUGUCAAAAUAUAGACGAUGCUUGUUACAAGACGCUUGUCGAUUUUAUACAGACACUCGUUAAAUCAAACAACCAAUCAUAGUAAGCCAACAUUAACCCCUCCAUUGUAUCAUACACGUGAAAGGACGCUAAAAAAUGCGUAGUCAGCAAGUUUCGCCCGAUCGUGUUUAAGCUCGCCCGCGUGACGUCAUUGCAUAUAAUUAUGACGUAUGUUAAUGACGAGUGACGUCAUCACUCCUCCUCACUCCUCCACCACACUCCAAUUAUGACGUAUGUUAAUGAGUGACGUCAUUACUCCUCCUCACUCCUCCUCAAAAAUCCGGCCCGAACGGCCUCUAUAUUAUUACUACUCAUCAACCGUCACGAAAAUGUACGGCAUACUAAACGGCAGCUGAGCUAAUAUUCCGACUAAAACAUGACUCAGGCGAUGCUAAUAAACAAAUAGUUUACAUGUUUAUCGUAAAAAUUAUGAAAUGUCCGAUUUAUAUGAGUUUAUCUUACAAUUCCCCCGACUUCCAAAACAAGGCCAACUUCGGUAGUGGUGACUUCCAAUACACUUGUCCUCGUGAAUCUUGCGAGUAGAGAGCAUGCGCAUGACAUAUUGUUAGUAUCGGUAUUGGUAUCGGAAGUCGAACUUAAACUCUCUACUAGAUCAAUAUAGAAUGACUCGUACUGAACAUCUAGUAAGAACAGUUCAGAACUGACAAAGUUUUCUUUAAGCCCUUCAACAGUUUUUUACAGCAAUCUUUGUUUCAUUAUUUAGAACGAAAAUUUCCAUUUUGUCAAAGUUCACGCACCUCUCGAAACCUUAGACAAGCUUGCCGAACAACUCAUGAUACGAAUGCCCGUCAAAGAAUCCCAUGAUUUGCCAGACCUGUCGCCAAAAAAGACGAUGUGGCCGAAAAUUUUCCGUAUAUUUUCAGACUGGUGGGAAACUGUAGAUCCGUUCGUGAACAGUGCUCCGUGCAUACAACCGAUGAAAAAACCUGUCACAGCCACCUUUAGUUGUAUUAAUAAGUCAUCCUUUCAGUCGAAAAACGGGGAAUUGUUUUUUGAUACCGCUGACCGCUGUCGUAUGGUGUAUCGCAUACUCCAGAUGACGUCAUUUGGGUCAAAAGAGGACAUAAAUGUGGAAGAGAAUCACUCUGUUGACUCUGGCAUUGAUAGUUUAUGUGAUGACGAAAUCUACACCGCUUGCUACCCAUUGCAUGACGGGCCGUCUGUUCAGAAAAGCGAUCACGUGGCAAACGAUCGACAGAAGCUUCGUACUGAUUGGUCAUCUUUCCGACGAAUAUUCAAAUAUCAGCCAAUCAACGCGGUGCGGAGAUAUUUUGGCGGGAGAAUUGGAUUCUACUACGCAUGGCUUGGAGUUUACAUCGCAAUGCUCGUCCCGGCAGCCUUUGUGGGUGUGCUAUGCUUCAUCUAUGGUCUAGCAAGUUUAAACACUUUCCAACCGACCAAAGAUAUAUGUGACAAAAAGAACGAGAAAUUAUUCUACAUGUGUCCAAAAUGUGACAAAUAUUGCAGUUUCUGGAGUCUCAGCACAAGUUGUGAUUACGCUAAAAUUGGCCAUCUUUUUGACAACGGAGCGACCGUGUUUUUCUCCGUGUUCAUGUCCAUAUGGGCGACGUUAUUUUUAGAAAUCUGGAAGCGUACCCAAGUCCGACUGAGCUACGAAUGGGAUGUUUAUAACUUAAUAAACGAAUACGAACCUUCACGCCCACAAUUCUUAUUGUCUACAAACGAUGUACCCGAACGUCAAAACCCAGUCACCGGCAAGUAUGAACGGUAUAUCCCAAGUUGGACGCGGUUUAAACGCACUCUGGGUGGCCUAGGGGUUAUAUUUUUUAUGGGUUCGGUUGUAAUCGCCUCGAUCGCGGGCAUCGUCGUAUACAGAGCGACCACAUUGGCCGCAUUGUAUCUGAAUUCCAACAACGACAUUCGUCGGAAUGCCAAGCUAGUCAUUUCAUUCACAGCUGCAAUCAUGAACCUGGUUUUCAUCAAGAUUUUGAGUUUCGUUUACGUCAAGAUUGCUGUCAUUCUCACCGACUGGGAAAAUCCGCGCACGAAAUCCGAGUACCAAAACGCGCUCACGUUUAAGAUGUACUUUUUCGAGUUCGUGAACACGUAUUCCUCGCUUUUCUACAUCGCGUUUUUCAAAAGCAGUUUGAUCAUUGGAAAACCCACCGAGUAUAGUCGACUGAGAGAGAGUCGAAUCGAAGGAUGCGACCCCUCUGGAUGUUUGAUUGAUUUAUGUAUACAACUUUCUGUUAUUAUGAUUGGGAAACAGUUUUUGGGCUUUGGAUCGGAGUUUAUUUUGCCGUGAGUAAACUAUCCUGCCUCGUACCCAGACGCUUUGGUUUGUUCAAAUUAAUCCACGCGGCCCACACAAAGGCCACGCAAGCCAUAGAACAACACAUAGCGUCUGGGUACAAGCCAGUAAACUAUUUAUACAUCGGGGAGCGGGGCGUGGCACUGAAGAGAAAUGUUUUUCUUGGUAAAAAUUUUGCUGGUCCAACCAAAUGUCAAAAACAUUUUACCCAACUUGAAAUAACAAUUGAAAAAUAAAUACACACCCCUGGCCAAAAACGUUGUAAAAGGAUACCGUCAGUUGUCACAAAUGGCCUUACCACUUCUGUGACAUGAGUUUAAAAAAAAUGCUUGUGCAAUUUUAUGCAGUCUAAAUUUUUAUGUUGUCUGCAAAUAUACUUUCUUUGGAGACGACUUGCUUCAAAAUAGUGACUCUGAUUGAUUUACAUAUUGUACUGAGAUGUAACUGUUGACAUUGUUUUUAGUCUUUAAUAUUUGAGUGAGCCAUGCUUUGGAAAUGACAAUUAAUUUUUAUUACCCAACCCUUGAGUUUUGUUUUUUAUUUACUCAACCUUUUACCCACUCAAAAUUUUGUUUAUCCAACCCUUUUCUCUCCCGCCAUAAAUAAAUAAUGACCGGUCCCUAAAGUUUUGCAGUUGUCUUUAAGUUCUAUCUGAAAGCCAGAGGCAUUAACUGUGUUUCUUCUUUCCCAGGUCUGCAGUUCGCGCAUGGAACAAAUGGCGUCACAGAAAAGAAAAAAAAGACGAAGAAAAUAAGACGACAUUGCCACAAUGGGAGUCUGACUAUUUACUUAAUCCUGAACCAGAUUUUAGAAUGUUUUACGAAUAUCUUGAAAUGGGUACGUUCAUGUAAUAACCACGCGUGAAAAUCUCCCAGAUUGUCGACAAGAUGUGUUCGCACUGCUUGUUCCCAGUUGCAGACAAGUCUGGAACAAGUUAUCAUCUUGUAGCAAGGUUGAUGAGGCCAACGUUAACAGACUCGCAACAAGUUGUUCCAACAAGUCUGAUAUCGUCUGCACGUAACAAGUUGAUGACACCAAGCUCGUAGCAACUUCUUACGAACAGCCUGUAUUAGUCGUGUUGGAACAAUUUAAGACUUUCCAGACUUGUCACAACAACUGGGAACAAGCAGUGCGAACACAUCCUAAUAUCGGCGUGACAGCAGCCUUGUUACAACUUGUUUACAAAUCUGUAACAAUUGCGCGUUUUUAACGUGUGCCUUUACCAUCCCAUUGCUCAUUCCAUUAAUAGGAGAACGUCUCAUUUCUUUUACAGUUAUUCAGUUUGGUUUUGUUACAAUGUUCGUUGCGUCGUUCCCAUUGGCUCCUCUGUUUGCUUUGUUAAACAACAUUUUCGAGCUCCGUGCCGAUGCCACGAACUUUGCAGUGAAUUUUCGACGCCCAGUGGCAGAAGAAGUGAAGAAUAUCGGAGUAUGGUUCGGGAUUCUUGAGAUUGUGACCAAAAUUUCUGUGCUUGUCAAUUCCUUUGUGAUCGCUUUCACAGCUGAUUUUGUACCAAGGUAAGAGCUGAUCUACCGCCUAAUAAUGUAAGAACUAAUACAAGACAACCAAUAUUUAAUUAAAUAUAUUAACUUUACUAAAUAUUUUGAUCAAAUUGAUUGUGUUGCAAUGGGAAGUACACUUGCCCCAGUUUUUGACAAUUUAUUUAUGGGAUUUCAGAGAUGGACCCAGCAUGAUCUGGUAGGAGGGGGAGGGGAUGCUCUGCCAGCUCUGGUGCCGAGUUUUGUCAGUCGUGCGUGCCGCCCGCCCAUCAACUUGCUUGACUGCUGCAAAGUCUUGCUUGACUACUGCAAGUCUUGCUUGACUGCUGCAAAGUCUUGCUUCACUACUGCAAAGUCUUGCUUCACUACUGCAAAGUCUUGCUUGACUGCGGCAAAGUCUUGCUUGACUACUGUAACGUCUUGCUUGACUACUGCAAAGUCUUGCUUGACUACUGUAAAGUCUUGCUUGACUACUGCAAAGUCUUGCUUGACUGCUGCAAAGUCUUGCUUCACUACUGCAAAGUCUUGCUUCACUACUGCAAAGUCUUGCUUGACUGCUGCAAAGUCUUGCUUGACUACUGCAAAGUCUUGCUUGACUACUGCAAAGUCUUGCUUGACUACUGCAAAGUCUUGCUUGACUACUGCAAAGUCUUGCUUGACUACUGCAAAGUCUUGCUUGACUACUGUAAAGUCUUGCUUGACUACUGUACUUGAAUUGUAAUUGUUGUUCAGAUUUCACUUAUCAUGUUAUUACUCAAAAAAAUACUGUAUCUCAUUUUGUCUUCAAUUUUUUUCCAUUGUCAUGAAAAAUAGCACUCCAUCUGGUUGUGACUAGGUGCACUUCCCCAGUGCAAGUAAAUCAAUCUUUGUAGGAUUUCAUGAACAUCAGUGGGUAAAAAGCUAUUAUGGUGGUAAUAAUUUUGUAAUUAACUAUAUGAUUUAUUGGGGUAUGAAUGUAAAUCAUUUCUAUCUUAAUCGCUUCAUUUUAUUUUUUAGAUUGGUGUAUAUGUAUGGCUACAGUCCUGACGGAACAUUGAAAGGAUAUGUCAAUAAUUCGCUGGCGUACAUAAAUGUCUCUGACUUAGAACAACAUAGUGUACCCAGUGAUACAUAUAAACAUCUUAAUUACACGUUGCCGUAUUGCAGGUAAUAGGGAGCUUUAGAUUUGACUACGAGUACGACUACGAGUACGAGAUUUGAUCGCGUGCGAGGAAGUUACCGGUAGUCGUUCUCGUUUCCAUUCAAAUGUUGCUUUUAUAACCGUAAAUCAACAGCGAGAGAAAAAGUUUCAUAAACUAAAUCUCCUGCUGACUAAAAUCCCCUACAAAACGUGCAAAUAAGUCAUAACAUUAAAAACAGGCCAGAUAUUUAGUACUAAUAUAUUAUUUGCGCCGGAUAAACGCUAUAUAAAUGCUACAAAUUAUUUUUGGAAAACAAAAAAAAUCCAACUUUCUUUGUUGUUUUUGAAAAGUCGUCGUGAGGACUACGAGGUUUCUCCACAAGUUCGUACUCAGAUGGGCGACGGCUGCGACUUUUUCUCGUCAGUACGGGAUGGCGUAAGCAUACAGCAUGCGUUUUAGCUUGACGAAUCUCGUACUCGUAGUCGUACUCGUAGUCAAAUCUAAAGUUCCCUAAUGCUGGUACACACGUGACAAACAAGUUGUUGCAAAUCUGCAAACAAGUUGUUGCAAAUCUAUGCAGCAUGUCUGCCUACAAGCCGUCAACAAGUUGUGUUCGCACUGCUUGUCCCAAGUUGUCAACAAGUUUGGAACAAGUUGUUAACAAUUUGUAACAAGCUUGUUGAUAUUAUCAGGCUUGUUGCAAGGUUGUUCCAGCAAGUCCAAUACAGUCAUGAUAUAGCAGUAUUGUUACAACCUUGUGUCGUCAACCUUGUAACAUUCUUGUUCAUCAUGACUGUAUCAGACUUGUUAGAACAACCUUGUGACAAGUCUGAUAAUGUCAUCAAGCUUGUUGCAAGUUGUUGACAGCUUGUUCCAAACUUGUUAUAAUAAGCAGUGCGAACACAACUUGUCGACAGCUUGUGAACAGAUUUGUAACUUGUUUGCAGACUUGUAACAACCUGUGCGUUUUUACGUGUGUAGCCUUCUGUGAACAAUUAAACGCAAAAUUUAUUUUGUUUCAGAUUCAAAGAAUACCUGAAGCCGUAUCCUCCCUACGACUACAGUGAACACUAUCUCCACGUCACCCUGGCUCGCGUACUUUUCGUCUUAUUUUUCCAGUAUGUCGUAUUUUUUGUCAAAGAUCUGCUCGCCUGGCUGGUCCCGGAUGUUCCAAAAUCACUGGAGGAGAAAAUAAAGCGUGAAAAUCACGUGGCUCGCUUGUGCUUACGCAAGAGCGAAUUACAGGCAACCCAAGAAACGCCUUGCAAAGCUACGUCCCCGCUUUGCCAAUCAUGUGAGGCCUUGGUCCAGCCUGAGAUCUCACAUUGUUGA